UAAAUUACUCCGAACCUUCUUCGGUCCGAACCCCAAAAACGAAGCAGCAGGAAGUCCGAUCUCCCCUCUUCCCAUCCCUAAAACAGGCCGAAAGGGGCCGACACGAUACAAUCGAAACCGAUACGAUGUCCGCUCCGCAACCCAACAGAGGCGAAGGCGGAGACGAGAACGGCAAGGAGGCAGCCGUUGCCAAAACGGCAGGAUUCGUAGUUUUCUCAGGCAUCGCAAUGAGCAUCAUCAAAGCCCUCACCCCCAACUUCAACCAAAACAAAACCCCAAAACCCUUCGAAUCUACAGCACCAUUCCAAGAACCCAAGGCCGUCGCCUGUGAGAAGCCAUCGUCGCCUCGAACGAUAGAGAUUGUGAGGGGAGAUACCCUUUGGGGCCUCUCGAGAAAAUACGGGGUCUCGAUUGAUGCAAUCAAGGAGGCGAAUGGUCUGAGUGGGGAUACGAUCUAUGCUGGGAAGAAGCUUGUUAUUCCAUGAUCGUUUGUAGUUUGGGUUCUUUUGUUAAAAUGAGAAAUUGUUCUUUUUUAAGUGCGUUUUGGUGAAUAAGUGUUUGUUUGGGCAUUGAUCAACAUCUCUAAGCCGUUUAUUUGUGAGUCACCACCUAA